UGCAACUCGAUCCGCCAUGUCGAGCUUGAGUACCCCUCCCCUUCCGCAGAACUUCGCCGACAUAAUGGCCGCAAUAACCAGACCCGAAGGCGAAAGCCCGUCCUCCAUUCCCUCGCCUCCGUCUAGCCUGCGCCAGCCUACUCCAACGAGCGAGGUCUACCCCUUCUCCACAUGGGUCAGGGACCAAGCUAUCAGCCAAGAGAGGAGGGCCGCUUUCCCAAUUCCUCCUCGGUCCGCGUCUCCCCUUCGCUCCGCAGAGGAGGCUCGCAACGUUGGUCAACCUCGCUUCGACGAGCCCGGCCGUGGCCCACUCCACCGCGUCGCAGCACGCUACAAUCCCUACUCGCACCGAAAUCGUAGCUCGCUGUACCACGCGUCAAGCUCGAUGGAGCUCGACGAGGACCGCGCAGCAUACUGGAAGGGAUAUGCUGAGGGCGCACGCACCGCAAGCGACGGCAUACCGGUAGCAUACGUCGGAAGCAGGCUCCGCCUCGCCCGUGACAUGCGCCAGGUCUUGCAAGAGCACCUCGACGAGGCGCGCCUCGAGGUCGAGGCCCUUCGCGUCCAGAAUGCAACGCUCAGCGGGGAGAGGGAGGAGCUCGCGUGGAAGAAUGGCGAGCUUGAGGAGCAGCUCGAGGAGGUGAGGAAGCAAAGGGACCAGGCCGAGACGUGGGGACUGGCCAAUCAACAAGCCCUCCUUGCCGAGGGCAGGGAGCACACUCGCCUUCAGACGGAGCGCUUUGCGACGUACGAGGAGCUCCAAAGCGUGCAGGAGGAAAGAGACGAGGCGCUGGUCAAGAUUUCAGGCUUGGAGGAGCAGAACAAAGAGCUGCAGCAAGACGAUGAGGCCCUGUGGGACUUCUUUGAGAAGAGUACAAAAUUGUUCCGCGAGACCACUGGGGUCAUCUUCAGCCGAGGAUCACCUGGCCAUGGCAACGGCCAGACGACUAUGGGGUGCCAUGAUGAGGAGGCCGACAUGUACGACGCGUGCGACUAAGGCCGAGAGCAAAG